AUGCCCUUCAACACCUCCAUCCAUUGGCACGGGCUCUCACUGCCUGGUACGCCAUGGUCGGACGGCAUGCCUGGCCUGUCCCAAAAGCCUAUUGAACCGGGUCAGAGCUACGUCUACAACUUCAAAGCGACCCCGUCAGGAACAUAUUGGUACCAUUCGCAUUCUCGCAUGGACAUCUUAGACGGUCUAUACGGCGCGAUCUUUAUCAGGCCAAAGCCCGAGAGUCCCACACCAUUCCACCUGAUCCCAGGCCUGCCGAAAUCGGAAAUACGUGCCAUGCGAGCGGCAGCCAACGACCCGACAAUGCUCGUCCUGUCGGAGUGGACGAAUUACACUUCAUGGGACUACAUGAAGGCUCAAGAAGAUUCAGAGCUCGACAUAUUCUGUAUGGACAGCUUGCUCAUCAAUGGCAAGGGGUCUCUUUUUUGCCCGCCUAUUGAGGAGCUUUUUGCCGUAACACCCCCGAAUAUUGCCAACGUCAUCUUGCCUGGAUACGUCAACGACAAAGGGUGCCUGCCUUUUGUCAACAUUACCGAGGGCCCUUUCCUGCCCGGAAAACCAGAAACGAUUCCGCCGGGUCUAGAAAGUGGCUGCCAGCCCGCCGAAGGGGGUAUGCCGUACUUCAAAGUGAACCAGCAUGCCCGGUCGGGUUGGGUCAGCAUCAACUUUAUCAUGGCCUCCACACUUCGAAUCGGGAAGGUGUCCGUCGACAAUCAUGACAUGUGGCUUUAUGAGAUUGACGGACAGUUCAUCGAACCUCGCCUGGCCAAGGUCGUCUUCAUCUAUCCCGGCCAGCGUAUCGCAGCCAUGGUCAAGCUGAACCAGCCCGCCGGUGACUACACUAUUCGGUUCGCAGACGACGGGUCUUCGCAGAUCGUCUCGGGAUAUGCUGUCCUCAGCUAUCGCGGCACACACACACUCAAAAACUACACUCUCGGCUACCAGCGCCCUACCAAACAGAAGGAGGGCUACAUCAACUACGGCGGGAUACUCAUGGACAAUAGCACGGCUCCAUUUCAGCUCGAUACAAUUGAUCACUUUCCACCGUAUCCAAACGUCAAGCCAGCGACACCUCAGCUCGAGGGAGACGAGAUGUACUUGCUGGAGAUGGGCCGCUUCGGGGCAGCCUGGAAAUGGACUAUGAACGGCAAGACCCUCUACCCAGUGGACAUGCUGGCCUAUCACCCGCUGUUGUACGAGCCCAAUUCGAAGGGCGUGGAUGAUUCGUUGAUCAUUCGAACAAAAAAUGGAAGUUGGGUUGAUAUCAUACUAGCCGUUGGCGCUUUGCCCGGCGAACCAGUCGAGAUCUACCACGCGAUUCACAAACACGGCAACAAGUUUCACGUCAUGGGCCACGGAUACGGUAAAUGGAACUACAGCUCCGUCGCGGAAGCCGUGCUGCACCAACCCCACUUGUUCAACCUGGAGAACCCCAACAUCCGCGAUACGGCAAUGACCAACUUCACCUUCAAUUUAGGUGCGGAAUGGGUGGCGAUCCGUUAUCACUCCAUCAAUCCCGGCUGCUGGCUUCUACACUGUCAUUUAGAGACGCAUCUGGCUGGUGGGAUGGGCGUCGUCAUCAUGGACGGGGUAGAUGCUUGGCCGGAAAUCCCGCCCGAGUAUCAGCUGAAUGGCACUGCAAUUGCGAAUGAUACAAGUACAUCUUGA